AUGCCGAACACCGCUUGUAUCCUCGCGAUCGACCAAGGGACAACAGGCACGACUGCUCUCUUUGUUGACACACAGGGUAGCAUCGUCGCACGCGGAUACCAAGAAUUUACACAGUAUUACCCACAUCCCGGUUGGGUAGAACACGAUCCAGAGGAGAUAUGGAACGCCACGCUACAAGCAAUAGACGCACUUUUUGGAGAAACAGCACCAAACAUUAUCGCUCUCGGAAUCACAAAUCAACGCGAAACGACUCUCAUCUGGGAUCGGCAAACAGGAAAACCGAUUUAUCCUGCAAUUGUGUGGCAGUGUCGGCGUACAGCAGAUAGAUGUACUUCUCUCGAGAAACAGGGAAUAGCAGGAGAGAUAAAGACCAAAACAGGGCUUGUCUUAGAUGCCUACUUUUCGGCAACAAAAAUCGCGUGGAUUCUUGAUAAUGUUAAUGGCGCACGGGAACAAGCAGAACGCGGUGAACUUGCGUUUGGGACCGUAGACACUUGGCUCCUAUGGAAAUUAACAGACGGUGCUGUCCAUAAAACCGAUUAUACAAAUGCGUCGCGUACUCUGCUUUUCAAUAUUAACAAUCUUUCAUGGGACGACACCCUUUUGGAGAUAUUCAAUGUUCCAAAAGCUAUAUUGCCUGAAGUCUAUCCAUCUGCAAGCAAUUUUGGUACAGCGAGUUUCUACCGUAAUUUUUGGCUUGAAACCUUCGGAAAAAAUAUAUGCUUAGAUGGCAUUCCAAUUACUGGAAUUGCGGGGGAUCAGCAGGCAGCCCUCUUCGGGCAAUUGUGCACCCAACCGGGCAUGGUGAAAAACACCUACGGGACCGGCUGCUUCCUCAUGCUUAACACGGGUGCUGAAAAAAUAGAAACAGAGACUGGACUCCUGACAACACUUGCUUGUAGUUUAGAUGAAAACCCGGUUUAUGCGCUGGAAGGAAGCGUAUUUGUCGCUGGUGCUGCGAUUCAAUGGCUUCGUGAUGGUAUCCAGAUUAUUGAAAACGCGGUGGAAACGGAAGAGAUCGCAUCCAGUAUCCCGGAUUCAGGCGGUGUCUUUGUUGUUCCUGCGUUUACUGGACUCGGUGCUCCCUAUUGGGACGCUGAGGCACGCGGUGCAAUCCUCGGUUUAACGCGAGGGAGUACCCGCGCGCAAAUUAUCCGUGCCACUUUAGAAUCAAUCGCCUAUCAAUCCGCAGAUGUGGUCACUGCGAUGUUGACAGAUACGAAGAUGGCAGUUGAUCGAUUGCGGGUUGACGGUGGGGCAACUGCGAAUGACUUCCUCAUGCAGUUCCAAGCAGAUAUUCUUGGGAUAGAUAUAGAACGUCCGGCGCAAAUUGAAUCAACGGGACUGGGUGCAGCGUACCUCGCUGGUAUUACAAGCGGAAUGUGGAACGACAUUGACCAACUUGAGGCGUACCGAUCUGAACAAGCAACGUCCGAUGAUAAUGUUUCUACAGCUCGCGUCUUUUCACCACAGAUUGACACAAACGAACGGAAUCAGAAACUUGCACAGUGGAAAAAAGCAGUGGAACGCGUAAUGGAUUAA